AUGCCUCCCAAGAUGCAGCGGAAGCCAGUGGACGUCACCGCCGAUGUGUUUGGCGAGCUGGCUAGUAAGCACCCGCUGGCCUUGGAAGCUCUGGAGGGCUGCAUGGAGGGCUUGCCACUGAUGAAAGUGAAAGGCAAGGUCACCAAGCACAGUGCCAAGUAUGGGCGGCUGUGCCAGCUGUGGUGCAAAUACUUGCAACACAAGAUGAAGCGGGGCAACCCAGCUGCGGAGUGCUACUUCAACCAGGUGAGCAUUGUGGUCAACCCUAUGACUUGCGGAGCGAAGGACAUGAGGAUCCUGGGUCACGACACGCCAGCUAUGCCGGCCUGGAUCAUGAGUUCUGGCACCGACACCGGCCAGGGUUGA